AUGGAACUCGUGUGCUUCACGUGCAUCAGGGGCAAGCAUAAAAAUCACGAAAUUGAGUUAUUAGACGACCUACUUCAGGAGGAUGAAUCUGUUUUGAACUCGUGGACGAAAAUACGGACAACAAUGCACGACAAACUCGGGCGCGUGAAUAAUUUAGUCUCCGUAUCAGACGGUAUAUUGAGUUUGAUUGAUGGUCAGGUUGAUUUGAUGAUCAACAUGAAGACUAAAUUUCUAGGAUGGAGGGACUCGCUGCUGGCCCAAAAAGUGUCGACAGAGCAAGACCUCAAGGCUUGGGAUACCCCGGCCAGCGGUGUGGUUGAGAACAAGCGACAUGAAUGCAAAGAAAUGCUUAGUCGUCUAAAAUUGAAACCUCCAGAAAAUAUGGAGAUACCAGAGAUCAAAGCGAGGUUGUCAGCAGCUUUGAAGAAAUGUGAUUCAUUACAGAUUCAAGGGCCUGCUGUUACGGCGACGGCGCGGCAGUGCGCCGGCGCUAGCGCACAGCUGCAAGAUCAAAACGACCUUCAGGCGACGCCACCGCAGGGCGCAACUACGGGAGCGACUCCUCGAACAUUCCAGGCUCCUGGGCCGACAUAUGAGCUUGCAACAUAUGAGGACGGUGUGCCUUGGACAGUCACCAGCCGUGCUGAAGGAGAGCGAGCUGUCGCCAGCCUGGCCAACAACAUCAAGCCCAGUCGCCUCGUGGUGCUGUCCACCCACACCCGCCCCAUCCCGGGGCUGGAGGAGCUGCUGUCCUGCCUCGCCGCCCUACACACCGGCAACAUCAGCCUGCUGCCCCUGGACUCCUUCUGGAGGCCGGCAGGACAGUCGGAUGGAGGCAUGGGAGCCAUCAUCAAAAAAUUCAGUGACCGCCUAGAUACCGUGUACGGUACUCCUGAUCAAGUAUGGGCCUACUUAAACAAGCGACAUCCCACCGACAUGCAGUGUGGGGCAACUAAAGCAAGGCCUUACAAGAUCGGGGUACGUUUUGACAGCGACUUCAUCUGGCCUUCAUUGUUCCCUGCUAAAAUGGGUAAGUUUUAUAAUAUUUAA